GGUAGGAAUCAAUGGUGGAGUCUCUCAAGGGAGGAAGAGGGUUGGUGGACUUCAAGACCCCGCAUCCUUUUCUUUACCGGCACAUUAGAAAACACCCCAAAAAUUGGUUUUAUUAUUAUUAUUAUUAUUAUUAAGCUUGUUUCUUCCUCCGUUUCUCGUCUGAAAUCUGCUGCAAUAAAAGCAGCCUUGUCAAAGAACCCUUCGGCAGGAUAUUUUAUUGCCGUGUCUGCGCUCACAUCAUAAGUUAGAUAGAAGAAGAUGGGAUCAGGUGAGUGGUCCAUACAGAAAAGAUCCGACAGUUUUAGGAAUGAGGAGCUCGACAGUUUUCCCGAGACGGGGUGCCUCUCAGUUAUAGUUCUGGGGGCCUCUGGUGACCUGGCCAAGAAGAAGACUUUCCCUGCUCUCUUCAACCUCUACCGGCAGGGAUUCCUCCCACCAGACGAAGUUCACAUUUUUGGCUAUGCUAGGACUAAAAUAACGGAUGAUGAGCUGAGAAAUCGCCUUCAUGGGUACCUAAUCAACGAGAAGAGUGCUUCACCUCAGCAAUCAGAAGAUCUGUCAAAGUUCUUGCAACUGAUCAAGUAUGUGAGUGGUUCUUAUGAUACUGAAGAGGGUUUCCAGCGGUUGGAUAAAGAGAUCUCACAGCAUGAGAUCUCAAAGAACACCAGUGAGGGCACAUCCCGCAGAUUGUUCUACCUUGCACUCCCUCCAUCCGUAUAUCCCUCUGUCUGCAGGAUGAUCAGAAAAUGCUGCAUGAAUAGAUCUGAUCUUGGAGGAUGGACACGAAUUGUUGUUGAGAAACCUUUUGGGAAAGAUUUGCAAUCUGCUGAGAAUCUCAGUGCUCAGAUAGGAGAGUUGUUUGAUGAGCCCCAAAUCUAUCGUAUUGAUCAUUAUCUGGGAAAGGAGUUGGUGCAAAAUAUGUUGGUGCUUCGUUUUGCAAACCGUUUCUUCUUGCCCCUGUGGAAUCGUGACAACAUUGAUAAUGUCCAGAUAGUUUUUAGGGAGGACUUCGGAACUGAGGGUCGUGGUGGAUAUUUCGAUGAAUACGGGAUUAUUCGGGACAUUAUCCAAAAUCAUCUGUUGCAGGUCCUCUGCCUAGUUGCUAUGGAAAAGCCCGUUUCCCUCAAACCCGAGCACAUAAGAGAUGAGAAAGUGAAGGUUCUCCAAUCGGUACUUCCAAUUAAAGAUGAGGAGGUUGUUCUCGGACAGUACGAAGGCUACAGGGAUGACCCCACUGUUCCCGACCAAUCGAACACCCCGACUUUCGCAACUAUGGUUCUCCGCAUACACAAUGAAAGAUGGGAAGGUGUCCCUUUCAUAAUGAAGGCCGGGAAAGCAUUAAACUCGAGGAAAGCUGAGAUACGUGUCCAAUUCAAGGAUGUUCCUGGCGAUAUAUUCAAAUGCAAAAGGCAGGGGAGAAAUGAAUUUGUGAUUCGUCUUCAACCUUCGGAAGCCAUCUAUAUGAAGCUCACGGUGAAGCAGCCAGGACUGGAGAUGUCAACCAUACAAAGUGAACUUGACUUGUCAUAUAGACAACGCUAUCAAGGGGUCACCAUUCCCGAGGCUUAUGAACGCUUGAUCCUUGACACAAUAAGGGGCGACCAGCAACAUUUUGUCCGCAGAGAUGAAUUAAAGGCAGCUUGGGAGAUCUUCACACCUCUUCUUCACAGGAUUGAUAACGGUGAGAUGAAGCCAAUCCCUUACAAACCGGGAAGCAGGGGGCCGGCUGAGGCAGACGAGUUGCUAUCGAAUGCUGGGUACGUUCAGACACAUGGCUACAUAUGGAUCCCACCUACCUUGUAAGGCAAGGCGCACAGAAAUGAUGUCUCAAGAAUAAUCCCACGCUGUAGAGCUCGGGUUUCUUUUUGUUUAGGCCGUCUGUCUGAGACAUUAGACAGACAUUUAAUGCGAGAGUUGCGUCCUUGUAUAAUUGCUAAGAUCCAUCUGCAGCGUCCUUCCCCUCGUGUGAGUUUUAAGAAGGGGGAGAGGAGAUUGUGUUUGUAUGGACAGUUUAUGACAUAAAUAAAUGCAAUAACGAGGCAUUGCUGCAA